UAGGCAACCGGCUGGCAGGCGUACGUUGACGCCACAAAGGCCUUCUGGCCGAGUUCUUGGCCUCUGCCAGUGCUGUGGCGCAAACCCAGCCUUCCCCCUACGCGGCGCAUCUGGCCGCCCUGGCACCUGGCCCUGGCACCUGGCGUAGUGCAAGGCUCCUUCCUUGUGAGUGAGUGAGAGCCAUGGAUGCUGUGGAACUUGCCAGAAGGCUGCAGGAGGAGGCCACCUGCUCCAUCUGCCUCGACUACUUCACUGAUCCUGUGAUGACGGCCUGUGGCCACAACUUCUGCAGAGAAUGCAUCCAGAUGAGCUGGGAGAAGGGGAAGGCCAAGAAAGGGAAGAAGAAGCAGAAGGGCUCCUUCCCGUGCCCCGAGUGCAGGGAGAUGUCCCCUCAGAGGAACCUGAGGCCCAACCGCCUGCUGACGAAGGUGGCUGAGAUGGCCCGCCAGCACCCUGGGCUGCAGAAGCGAGACCUGUGCCAAGCACACCAAGAGCCCCUUAAGCUGUUCUGCCAGGAUGACCAGAGUCCCAUUUGUGUGGUCUGCAGGGAGGCCCAGGAGCACCGGAUGCACAGGGUGUUGCCUGUAGAUGAGGCUGCGAGGGAGUAUAAGCUGAAACUGGAGGAAGACAUAAGGUAUUUCCGAGAGGAGAUGAUGAAGACAGAGAUACUACAAGCCAAGGAGGAACAGACCUUAACUGAGUGGCAGGAGAGAGUGAAAGAGCGGAGAGAGCGCAUCCUGGAGGAGUUCCAGAAGGUGGUCCUGUUCCUGGUGGAAGAAGAACGGAAGCUGCUGCAGGUCCUGAAGGAGGAGGAAGAGGGCACCUUGGUGAGGCUGCAGGAUAGCAAGGCCUCCCUGGACCGCCAGAGCCAGUCCCUGGACCUGCUCCUGCUGCAGCUGGAGGAGCAGAGCCAGCAGGAGCCCCUCCAGAUGCUGCAGGACGUGAAGGACACUCUGACCAGGAAGGAGAGCCUCAGUAUGCAGUACCCAGAGGUGGCUCUCCCCAUGACCAUCAAGACUGUGUGCCGAGUUCCAGGACAGAUAGAGGUGCUCAAAAGUUUCCAAGAGGAUGUGGUGCCGGACCCCAGCUCAGCAUACCCCCAUCUCCUCCUGUAUGAGAGCCGCCAGAGGCGGUACCUGAGUCCACCGCCAGAGCGCAGUACCACCUACAACAAGGACCGGUUCUUGGCCUACCCCUGUGCUGUUGGGCAGAAGAGCUUUUCCUCUGGAAGGCAUUAUUGGGAAGUGGGUAUGAACCUCACCGGGGACGCACUCUGGGCCUUGGGUGUGUGCAGGGACAACGUGAGCCGGAAGGACAGGGUGCUCAAGUCCCCAGAAAACGGGUUCUGGGUAGUGCAGCUGUCCAAGGGGAAGAAGCACUUUUCCCUGUUAUCAAACUCCACUCCAGUCACGCUCAUUGAGCCGCCCAGCCACAUGGGCAUCUUCCUGGACUUCCAGGCCGGGGAGGUGUCCUUUUACAGUGUGAAUGACGGCUCCCACCUGCACAGCUUCUCCCAGGCUGCCUUCCCUGGGCCGCUGCUGCCGUUCUUUUGCUUGGGGGCCCCAAAGUCGGGUCAAAUGGUCAUCUCCACAGUGACCAUGUGGGUGAAGGGAUAGAGACUUGGGACAGGGCACAGACGCUGGACGUGCCCUGGUUUCCCCCAGAAGGCAGGGUGCCUCACUACCGUGGCCUCCUACCCAGGCUUUCUCUGGGGCGCGAAGAGCCAAUACCUGUGCUGGCAGGGCAACUGACCAAAAUACAAUCACGAUUAAAAUGCUCAAAUGUGAACCGACUACUGAUAACAUGCUAAUUGGGGUAACUUUGGAAAGAGUGCCAACAUUCCCGAGUGGAGUAAUUUCUAAAUAUAUGCCUGUUCA